GAAGUAACGAACAAGUUUCACAAAUGACUUUGAACAUUCAAUAUCUUCAUUGAACCAUUCCACACUCACAAUGUUCCACAUUUCUUUAUAAAUCAUUCACAUCUUCACACUAUACACACUCUUAUCCAUACAAUUUCCUCCAACUCAUUUUUUGAUACUUAGUUCCAAAAUGUAUCAACCAGAGGAUGGAAAGCCAUUAUCCAAUCAGCCACCAUCAGCCGCCACCACAGGUUUUCCGGUGAGCGUCAACAACAAUACAUCAGCAGCGUACUCCGGUGCCACAACAUCGAUGUAUGCACCACCAUCAGCCACCAUCACAGGUUUUCCGGUGAACUUCAACAGCAGUACAUCAACCGCGUACUCCGGUGCCACAACAACGGACUACGCGCCUCCUCCGUCUAAACCUCUAGUUGAAUGGUCCACCAAUCUUUGUAAUUGUUGCUCUAAUGUUGAAAUAUGUUGCUUAACUUUCUGGUGUCCAUGUAUUACUUUUGGCCGAAUUGCUGAAAUCAUUGACAAGGGUUCCACUUCAUGUGGUUAUAGUGGGACUUUGUAUACGUUGAUUUCCCUUGUGUUAGGGUGUUGUUGCUUGUAUUCAUGUUGCUACCGGUCAAAGAUGAGAGAACAAUACGGUUUGAAAGGAAAUGAUUGUACAGAUUGUAUGAUUCAUUGCUGCUGUGAGACUUGCGCUUUAUGUCAAGAAUAUCGUGAGCUUCACAAUCGUGGAUUUAACAUGGUCAUUGGGUGGCAUCGAAAUGUUGAGCAACAAACUCGAGGAAUAGCUAUGUCUACAACUGCUCCGGCCGUUGUAUCCGGCAUGUACCGUUGAAGUGAGUUAUAAGAUCCACAUGUUUGAUUGGGAGAAGUGAGUUAUAAGAUCCAUAUAUCAUCUCAAAUACAAUAUUAUUGUCUCAAACAUGAGUGAUUCCUGUGUUUUCUUCUGUUUAGAAUCCAAUUUUAUAUAUAUGUUAUUAUGUAAUGUGGUAUUUUCAAGUAGAUAUAUAAGAUAUGUGAUGUAUGGCGUAGCUUUGUUUUGUUAUGUCCCUA